AUGACUAGUACUACUCCAAAACUUUGGGCAGAUUGGCUGGCUUUGGCUGAGUGGUGGUUCAACACCAAUUUUCACAGCAGCCUCAAGAUGAGUCCAUUUCAAGCAUUGUAUGGUUAUGUACCUCCACAUUUAGCUUUUCAUAUCCAUUCAACUACUUCAGUGGCCUCUGUUCAGGAAUACUUGAAAAAAAGAGAUCACAUGUUGCAGUUGCUGAAAGAAGACUUACUAAGAGCUCAAGACAGGAUGAAAUUUUAUGCUGAUAAUUCUAGAAGUGACAGGUCAUUCAUUGUUGGUGAUUGGAAAAUUGGUACUGUUGCUUAUAAACUUAAACUGCCUAUUGGUUCUAGGAUACAUCCCGUAGUUCAUGUUUCUCAACUGAAGAAAAAGAUUGGUCAGCAUACUAUUCCUUCAUCAUCUCUGCCGCUGGUGGACACUUCUGGUGCAUUCACUGUUACUCCUGUUGCAGUGUUAAAACACAGAGAAAUCUUGAGGGGAGGCAGUACAGUCAAACAAGUGCUUAUCCAGUGGACAAACUCUCAACCUGAAUAUGCAACAUGGGAAGAUAUUUCACACAUUAAGGCUCAGUUCCCAGAGUUCAUCCUUGAGGACAAGGAUGCUUAG